AUGUUAACUGUGCCUUGUGCCACAACAGAAUUCGAAACAAUUACCGGUGCCACAGACAUUUCGGGCAAAGUAAAAGAAACACAAAAAACAAUAGAAACAACGAGAAGAUCUUCCAUUGCAGAUAUUUCAGAGAGUUACCCAAGUGAAUUUUCAUUUCAUUCAAAUUCGUAUCUACCACCUGCUAACUAUUCGAAUCCUUCCGAAACCGUUGAUGAUCACCAACAAGAACCAACAACACUCAUUGAUCAACUCAUACAAACUUUUGACGAAUUAAUAAUUGAUAAAUUAGUGAUGGGAUUACUUACACCAAGAAAAAGAGAACGAUUCUCUCUAAAUCAUCAACAUUCGAAUAAUAAUUUAACACCUCUCAGUCCAAUAACAAACAGAAAAUCAACACAAUCCAUGCCAACAACUCCUGUUGGUGAAGAUGAUUUUGUGAGGAUCAUGUUGGUGAGUGGAGAAAAUUGGGGAGUUGGACAAUCAUCAAUUGCAAAGAGAUUUGUUUUAAACCAAUUUGUAGAGGAAAAGGAUUCGGAUUUUGUUUCGAAACAUGUUUCUAAAAGUUAUUCGAAAGAGAUUAUUCUUCGAACAGCAACACAAGAAAAGAAUAAUUUAACACUCCUUGAAGAAAAUAACAAUAGAAUGAAGGAAAAUGUUACUGGAAGUGUCGAAUCAAUUUAUUACACAACACCACAAAUGGCAAAUAAUAAUUUACUAACAAUAGGACAGCAGCAGCAACAUUCGAAUAGUGUUGGGCUUAGUAGUGAAAGGAUGAGUUAUUUGUAUGAUCAGCAGACAAAUGCUUCACCUUCAACUCAUUCUCUACUUUCUAAUGCUUCAUCAUCAGUUUCUAAUAGUUCAGAAUCUUUACUUUUUCAUCCAAGAAGCAAUGUAAUACUCCAAAUUGAAGAUUAUGUUCCAUCCUAUAUUACUGAUUUGGAAACAACCGAUGAUAGAUUAUCAAAUUGUGAAAAUUAUUAUGAUGAACAGUUUUAUUUGGAAUUUAAGAGAAAUCAACAAGAUUAUUAUUAUGAAAAAGAUGUUUUCCUGAUUUGUUUUGAUGGAAAGAAUGAGGAUUUUUUGAAUUAUGUGUACAAUGAGAUUGAAACUAUUCGAAAUGCAUGUGAUGAAUUCACUGAAUAUAAAAUAAUUGCCUUAGUUUUGACUAAACAAGAUCUCAACAAGGAACAAAAUCAAGCAAAUGAGGAAAUUCAUGCCACCACCAGUACUACUAUUCUAUCUGAGGAGAAACGAGAACAAAUGAUUGAAAAAUUAUUGGAAGAAACUAAAUUGGAAUUGUUUAGAGUGAGUGCCAAGGAUAAUGUCAAUAUUCAGGAAUUAUUCCAACAAAUGGCAGAGAAGGCAAUUGCUGUAAAGGAAAAGAAAUCAAGACUCAAAGCAAAACUGAAAAAGAAAAUGGACACUCAUCAACAUAAUAGACAAUAUGAACAACAAAAACAUAAAUGUUUAUUACAAUAAUUUGAUAAUUAGAUUUGGAGCAUUUCAUUGUAAUCUACUCGUUCGAAUACAAAAGCAAGCUGCAGUUGAUGAAGACCUCCAAACAGCUACUACUUCCUCACAAUUUCCAGAAACAAUUCGUUAGCUCCUACUGAAUAUAAAAUUUCAAAAAUU